CCCGGCACGAUUUCACGCCUGAGCCCCGAGCCCUGACCGGGCGAGUCGAGGACACUGGCUGUCUGGCAUGCACGCAAGCGUCACCCACCGGCCACCCCAUCACCAUCAGCCGCUGAGUCAGCGGCACCGCCACGCGGCCCCGCUCUCCACGCGCGGGCGCGGCGCCGGCGUCCCGGUCUCGCGUCCGUUACGUUGCGCGCCCGCGUAAUUAAACACGUCCGGUUCCUUCAAACCUCUCUCUCCUCCCCAUCCCUCAACACCACGCGACCAGAUCCCACCGGCCGCCGGCGAUCCACUCCUCGCCGGAGAUGGCGACGGGUCGCCGCGGUACCACGGCGCCACUCCUCGUCCUGGUCCUGAUUCUAUCCAUCGCCGCGCGGCCGUCUCUCGCCCAGCAGAGCAACGGCACGAGCGGCGGCGUGCACCACACGAAAACCGCCGGCGGGUUCACGCCGACCACGGUGAUCGUGCUGGUCGUCCUCGUCUCCGCCUUCGUCGUCCUCACCCUCUUCUCCAUCUACAUCAACCGCUGCGCGCCGGCGCGCCCUCCCCUGCGCCGCCCGUCCCGCCACACCCCGGAUCUUCAGGCCGCCGACGGAGCGGGCGGCGCCGUCUACGCGGAGCGCCGCACGCGCGUCGGUCUGGACAGGGAGACCGUGGAGUCCUUCCCAACCGCGGUCUACGGCGACGUGAAGGCGCGCGUGGCGGCCAAGUCGGGCCCGCUCGAGUGCGCUGUGUGCCUCGCCGCGUUCGAGGACCACGACGAGCUCCGGGUGCUCCCGGCAUGCUGCCACGUCUUCCACCCGGACUGCAUCGACCCCUGGCUCGACGGCGCCGUCACGUGCCCGCUCUGCCGCGCCGACCUCACCGUGGCCCCGCCUCCGGCCGCGCCCGCCGAGAGCUGCGACCUGACGGCGCGUCAGGGGGCGGUGCGGGAAGAACCGGACGACAACGAGGAGGAGGACGAGCGCGACGAGGCGUGCCUGGUGGCGGCGUUGACACCCGAGUCCGUCAUGAGCUUCGGCGCGGCGCGGCCCCACGAGUUCCACUACCGGCGGACGCAGUCGGCCAUGGACAUGCCGGACCGCCACACGCUGCGGCUGCCGGAGAACGUCAUGAAGGAGCUCGCCGCCGUCCGGAGGCACCGCCGGGCCGCGAGCCUCGCCGGGUACCCUGACGCGGUGGAGCGGACGCCGUGGUGGCUGGCCUCGUUCUGGCGGUCCGUGUCGUGGCAGCGGCAGGGCCGGGCGGAAACGGACGCCUCGGAGGACCACGGUGGCGGCAGCCAGCGGGUUGUCCCGAUCACCGGAGCGCCGGCGGAAAGACCCAGCGGAUCAGGGGCUGCUUGGGACGACAAGGAGAAAUCAGCUGACUUUGGCGCAUUAAACCAGGUCUGAUUGAUUUGCUUUUGCGUGGAUGUAAGGAUGAUCAAGACCGUGCAAACUGUUAGAUACAAUCGGCAUGUCUCAUGCUUUCAUACGGGUAGUACCAGCACCCAAAGAUUAGGGUUCUAGUGUACAUAAUAAAACUUUCGAUCUCGAUCUUAAUGCCUCCCAGAAUUGUAAGAUCCAUUUUAGCGAUCGAGUAAUGUUCCUUAAAUAGGCCAUUAACAGUAGUUCAUACAGUAUUUGUCACUGACUCAGUGUAAAGUAUCGGUGGCAAGAAAUUACAGCAUCGGUUACCUGGAA